CGCGGUCUGCGUACCCUCUUUAAUACGCUCAUCUCCUCCUCUCCUGCCAUAGCCAAUGUGGGGUCACUGCUGCUGCUCAUCAUGUACAUAUACGCUGUUAUAGGGAUGAACAUGUACGGCAAUUAUGGCAGCGCAUUCGACCAGCCCGGAUCACAUGCCACCUACAACAACAUCGGUGCCGCCAUGGCUACCCAGUUCCGUUUGUUCACUGGGGAUGGCUGGGGCGACCUGAUGGCGACCGGAAUGAACUGUAACGCCAACCAGUACCAGUGCGACACGGGGCCAUCGGCGCUUGCGGCAGCGAUGUUCUUCUGCAGCUUCGUGCUCGUUGCCAUAUUCAUCAUGCUCAACCUGGUUAUUGCGGUAGUGGUGGACAACUUC